AUGGCAGGCCGGUUUGUGCGAGCUUCCAAGUAUCGCCACGUCUUUGGCAAGGGCACCAAGAAGGAGCAAUGCUACGACAACCUCCGCAUCUCCAAGAAUGCUUGGGAUACCAACCUGAUCAAGGCCAACCCCGAAUACAUCUCAGUCAACUGGGAAGCUAGCGGCGGUGGCGCCUUUGCUGUCAUCCCCAUCAACGAGCGCGGCCGAGCUCCCGACCAGCUUCCUCUCUUCCGCGGCCACACUGCUGCCGUCCUCGACACCGACUGGUCUCCCUUCAACGACUCGCUCAUCUCUUCAGCCUCCGACGACGGCAAAGUCGGCAUCUGGAAGGUCCCCGAAAACUUCACCCUAUGGACCGACGCUGACGAGCCUGCUGACGUCGCUCCUGUCGCCAAGCUGAGCGGCCACAUGAGGAAGGUUGGCCACGUCCUCUUCAACACCGCCGCCGAGAACGUCCUCGCUAGUGCAUCUGGCGACUACACCGUAAAGCUCUGGGACGUCGAGGCCGGUCUGCCGCAACUCACUCUCAAGCAUAACGACAUCGUCCAAUCGCUGUCAUGGAGCGCCGAUGGAUCCCUCCUCGUCACCACGAGCCGUGAUAAGAAGCUGCGCGUAUGGGAUGUGCGACAGGAGAAGCCCGCCCAGGAAGUUCCUGGCCACCCUGGUGCCAAGAACAGCCGCGCCGUAUGGAUGGGUGAGACCGACCGCAUCGCGACUACUGGUUUCUCGCGCAUGAGCGACCGUCAGCUUGGUCUCUGGGACCCGCGCAACCCCAAGGAGCCCAUUGGCGGCUUCCAGAUCCUUGACUCCAUCUCUGGUGUAUGCAUGCCCUUCUGGGACGACGGUACACAGUGUCUGUACCUUGCUGGCAAGGGUGACGGUAACAUCCGAUACUACGAAUACGAAAACGACAAGUUCGAAUACCUCUCCGAAUACAAGUCUGGCGACCCACAACGUGGUAUCGCCUUUCUUCCCAAGCGAGGUAUCAACCUGCACGAGAACGAGGUCCUUCGCUGCUUCAAGACCGUCAACGAUGCCUACGUCGAGCCCGUGUCCUUUAUCGUACCCCGCCGCUCCGAGAUGUUCCAGAGCGACAUCUACCCUCCCACAACUGGUCUCAAGCCUGGUGUCUCAGCAGCUGAGUGGUUCGGCGGUAAGACCGCAGCGCCUCCCAAGAUCUCGCUCGAGAGCGUGUACGAAGGUGAGGCCCCCAAGGAGGUGGAGAACGAUUACAAGCCCUCCGAGCCUGCGACCAGCCAGCCUUCCCCAGUCAAGGCCGAGCCUCCCAAGAGUAAGCCUGCGCCAGAGCCUGUUCCUACAACAUUAGCUUCUCGUGGGCCGCCCCCUUCUAUGAGGGACAACAAGGACUCCAUGGCAUCAGCAGCUUCCAAGUUUGCAGACAAAGACGAGACUUCCGACAAUGAGAGCGCAUCAAGCUUCGAGGAAAUCCCGAAGCCAACGGAGCGCCGCACCUUCACUGCUGCCCGUCAAGAAGAGAAGACCAAGGGCCCCGUCAUUACCAAGGAGCCCGAGAGCGCGAAGACUACUCCGACACCCACCCCAGCGCCUUCCCAGGCUAGGUCUGCCCUACCCGCCGAGCCUACUCCUACGCCCGCCGCUUCUGCCCCAGCCUCCACACCUAGCGCCGGUGGUCCUGCCUCUGCCCUUCGCGAUGCGCUAGGCGACAUCAAGUCUCAGCUCGAGCAGCAGAACAGGGUCAUGGAGCAGCAAAACAGAGUCAUGUCGGACCAGUCUGAUCAGAUCGCACUUCUGCUGCGUGAAGUUUCAACACUCAAGGCCAAGGCUGCAACGUCAGAACCUUCCGACCGUGAAAAGGAUGAGCGCAUCAGGCAGUUGGAGCUCGAGCUUGAGGAAGCUAGGUCUUGA